AUGUCAGCAGUAAAAGCCUUGGAAGCGAGGAAGAGGUUGCAGCACGGCAGCGUGGAAAUCCUUGGGGAACUGCUGCCCGUCCGCUUCUUCCACGACCUGAAAUCUGGGCCAGGCGGUCAGAGGGACGGGGACACCCGCGGAGAUUGCCGUGACGGUUUGGGCGCGGAUUACAUCGCUUCCAUGGAAUGCUUGGCAGCAGAUCAAAAGAGGGAGCUAGAAAAGGUUCGCGAGGAGAAGCGUGACAUGGAGCGGUGCCUAGCCCGCGCCGAGGUAGCUGCCCAGGAGCGGGCCCCGGGCCCUGUUCUGGACUUUAGCGUAUCCGAGGUUGCUGACCUGCCACCCCGGCUGCGGGCGCUGGUUGAAGACAACCGGGGUCUUCGGGAGUUAGUUAAGCGGUACAAGUUCCGUACUGCCUCUCUGGAGCACCAGGUCGGUCAGUUGCAGUCCCAGGUCCUGGCGCUCACCGACGCCAACGAGAGACUGAAACAAUCACUGGCGGAAUGUUCCCGUACUCCCGCUGAGGUGGACCGCGAGGAGACCCUGCGGAGGCAGCUGGAGCUGAAGAUCCGCCACGUCGAGAAUUUGGAUCAUGGUAUGAGUGUACUGCGAGCCAAAAUGGAAACGGAUUCUAAGCUCUAUCGACAGAACCUGGCCUCUGCGGCUCGAGAAAAGGACGCACUUAAGCGCCAACUGGUGGCCACAAACAAAACCCUAGAAGACCGGGACAAAGAGGUCAGCGGCGACGAGGACGCCGGCGGCACGGCGGCGGCAGCCGCCGGCGCCGCCGCCGCGUCAGCGGCGGCGGCUGCGCCGCCGCCGGAGGCGGCGGCAUUGACGGCACCGGCGUCGAAGCCAUCUCUUCCGCCUCCCGACGGCGUUGAAGAGCGCAUCCGCAUCAUGUUGUUGAUUGUUCGUGAUGAGGUGCGAGUGGAGGUGCCGGUGCCUAUGUUGGUGGACACACCCGCAACACCGCUGGCGGGCAGUCCUCGAGGCUGUACGGAUGCGGCGGAGGAGAGGCCCUGGGAGGGGCCGGACGAGGAGCCGCAGCCAUCGACGGAAGGCCGAGUCGAGAUCGCGCCACAAGUCGACCCGGAACCCGCUCCUCAGCUGUCGGCUCCGGAACCCGUUACCAAAUCCGCUCCGGAACCGGUUCCGGAGCCUGUGGCUCCCGAGCCAGCUCCGGAACCGGAGCCACCGGCGGCGGCAGCGGCGGAGGUGGAGCUGCAGGCUCCGGAACCACUGGGCGAGGAAGCCUCGGCCAUAGAGCUGGCGCCUGGUGGUACGACGACAAUCGACGGGGGUUAUGAGCCGAGCGUUGUGGGGCUACUGGAGGAAGGCGCCCUGCUCGCGGAGGCGUCGGUGGGGAGCCCGGAGGUGCUGGCGGCUCUCGAAGACGGCGACGCCGCGGCGGCGGAGGCAGAUGCGACUGAUGCGGCGGAGGCGCCGCCCCUGGAUGCCGCCGGGAACGGCAGCGGCGGAGCGAUGCACGUCCACGCAUCGCCGCCGCUGCCGGUUCCGUACUCCCGUACAGCGGCACGGGCGCUGGCGGCCAAAGUGGGUGGCAUUAGCGCGAAGAUCUCUGCGGGGCCUCACGGGCCGGCCGCCGCCGGCGCGGCCGCCGCCGGCGCCGCCGCCGCGGCCCCGGUACCGACGGGCCCUGUCCGCAAGCACAGCGGCGGCGGAGCCGCCGCCGCCGGCGCCGGCGCCGCUGCCGCCGCCGGGGCCCCUGUCGGUGCGGGCGCCGUUGGUGUCCGCGGCGGGUCCAGUCAGAAAGCAGUCGGUGCGGCUUCGAAGCGGUAG